CCGGAUUUCAAAUACACAGGCGGGAUAAAUAGCGAGCUGGUGUCCGCAAUUUUUUUUUUUUUACCAACAUGGAAUAUGAUGAAAGCCUCUUAAUGCAACGUAUCGACAACGUAGAACUGGCCAUGGGGGUAGGACACGGGCAGCCGAUGACUCUGCAUUGCGCGCAAUGCAACAUUAUCCUGGGGGACUCCGUCGGCGUCUGUGGGGAAAUUAAAUGUAUGGACUCUAUCAUGUGUCUAAGAGUAACCAGUGAUGUGGUCAUCAGUGAUGCAGUGGAGUCAGGACAUAAAGGGGAAAUGGCUAAUUGCAUCUACAGUUGUCUAAAAUGUCGCAGCUGCCGCUGUGCUGUGGGCAAAGUGAUUCACUCAGCGCCGUCACGUUUGGCCAUGAUUCGCUCCCUCUUUCUCCUCAGCAAAGCAAACAUCAGUUGCUACAUCCUCAACAGCAGCUCGAUGGUGAAAGCAUCCACACUCUCAUUUAAUCUGAAGCCCCUCAGAGAAAACAUUAAUGAGGUAAGACAGCAGUUUGAAGCGCAGUUGGAUCACAUGUCGCAUGUUAAGAACAGACUGGCCGACAGGAGUGUUACCAGUGAACUGGACAAGUAGCGUGAACAAGCUGUCUACACUGUACCUCGUCCUGGAAUUAGGGACUCUGUGCUCUUCAGUAUGUUUCCUCCUGUAGGCUAGUUUGUGUUGUAUGUUAUUUUUUCCGUGUUUGGUGCGAUUGAUGUUUUCAAUAAAUAUUUUUCAAUGAUG